UGGGUAGAUCAUUUGGUGACGUUUAAAAGAAGAAGUGCAAAUCAAGUGUGAGUGACAAAACUCUUGAAUAUUUUCCCAAUCAAAGCCAAAAAUUUAAUCCAACUUUGUACAAAAUACGAGGCAUAUCGUUACGUUUUAUCUCGAUACGGAACUGAAAAUGUCAGCAAACAACGAAAUGGACGUUGACCCGGACGUCACUGAAUCUCCCAACGUUGCAUCCUCGAGCUCAAAGUCGAAUGCAAACUCAGUUAUGGCAGCACCAUCUAUCAUCCCGUCAGUGACGGUCUCUCUACACCCACUUGUCAUAAUGAAUAUUUCCGAGCAUUGGACACGCAUCCGCGCUCAAGAAGGAUCGCGGCAACAAGUUCUUGGCGCAUUGAUUGGAAAACAGACCGGACGUAAUGUGGAAGUAAUGAAUUCGUUUGAAUUGAAAUUCGAAAUAGUCGACGGAGCGAUUUCGGUGAACCAUGCGUACUACACGACCAAGGAGGAGCAAUACAAACAGGUGUUCAGUGAUCUGGACUUUUUGGGAUGGUACACUACCGGUGAUGCACCGUCUGAGCAAGACAUUCACGUUCACAAGCAGAUAUGCCAGAUUAACGAGUGUCCGAUUAUGUUGCAAUUGAAUCCGUCAAUCCGGAGCAUUGACCAUCUUCCGGUUGCAUUGUACGAAUCAAUAAUCGACAUUGUUCAUGGUGAAGCAACAAUGCUCUUCGUUCCGUUGACCUACACACUGGCAACCGAAGAAGCUGAACGAAUCGGAGUCGAUCACGUCGUCAGAAUGUCAACGAAUGAUGUUGGGGAAAAAUCAGUUGUUGCCGAACAUUUGCUAACGCAGUACAGUGCGAUCAAAAUGUUGCAUUCACGAGUCAAACUCGUUUUGGAGUAUAUCAAGUCGGUGGAGAAUGGAACGCUGCAACCGAAUCAUGAGGUACUGCGCGAAGCGUAUUCAUUGAGUCAUCGUUUGCCGGUUGUGCAGGGAUCAACAUUCCGCGAGGAGUACUAUACACAGUCGAACGAUGUUGCCCUAAUCACUUAUUUGGGUAGUUUAACUAAAGGCUGCAACGAUAUGAACAAUUUGGUCAAUAAGUUUAAUGUACUGUAUGACCGACAAGGAAGCGGACGUCGUAUGCGUGGCUUAUUCUUUUAAAUGAUUUUUGUAAUUCCGCCAAUAUUGUCUGAUUUAUCAUUUUCGAUUCUUUUGUAAAAUAAAACCAUUUCAAGUUAA